GCAACAACGCCCGUCCUGAGCUCGCCAUAACGCGGGGGGCUUGCGGGAGAGUCGGGGCGUUUAAUGAAGCUACUUCUUACACGAGAUCACCGGAUCCAGCAGUAAUGGGCGCAGGACGAGUCAUAAAGUGAAGCAGCCGCGAAAACAUUUAAUCAUGGCGACUCGAGAGCCGAGGCCGUUGGUCAAGCAGGAGCAAGACGACGACUCUGACGCAGAGGAGCCGACUGCUUCCUUCAGGAGAGCCGACCAGCAGAUCAUCCACAGCGGGCACUUCAUGAUGUCCUCCCCGCACACCGAGCACCCGUCGAAGAAGGGCUACGACUUCGACACCGUCAAUAAACAGACCUGCCAGACGUACCGCUUCGGGAAGACCAGCACGUCGCAUUUCUCCAUCGACGUCUCGCUGACGAAGCUCUUCGAGUGCAUGACGCUCGCCUACAGUGGAAGGUUGGUGUCACCGAAAUGGAAGAACUUCAAAGGCCUCAAGCUGCUGUGGAGAGACAAGAUUCGCCUCAACAACGCUAUUUGGAGAGCCUGGUAUAUGCAAUAUGUGGAGAAGAGACAGAACCCUGUGUGUCAUUUUGUCACUCCUUUGGAUGGAAAUAUGGACUCGGGAGUACAUCGGCCAACAGAGGCGAUCGCUACAGAAGGAAAGUACUGGAAAAGGAGAAUCGAAAUCGUGAUCAGAGAAUAUCAUAAAUGGAGAACAUAUUUCAAGAAAAGGUUACAGAAGCACAAGGAUGAAGACCUGUCCAGCCUUCUCAGGGGUGCGGAGGAACAGUUUUCUCUCUUUGGGGAAGUGUGUCCAGACACUUCUUUUUUUUUUUCUGGAAUCUGUCGGAGCAAUUUGUUUCACACCCUGCGUCCGCCAGCCUUCCCCACCACUGCCCCAGCAGUCACUGCCUUAACCAGCAGCAGCUCCCAAACACAGGCUCCCAUGCCGCUCUCCACUGAGCUUCCCUCUCUGCCGCUGGACUACCAUCUCAUCCCUUCUGUUCCUUUGCCCAGCCACCUCUCAGUCGCCAGUCAGGAUAAUGGUAACGCUGUUGGCCCGUCCUACCAACAAACCUACAUGCCUCUUUUCCCAGAGCAAGUGACCCCCUCCAUCCCACCGCCAGCUCCUCCUGUCCCAGCAGUCCCACAGCCUCUCCAGUGUGGAGGUGUUUCCACCGUCAAUACAGUCCCGAGCGUCCCGGCUCCGUCCGUAAUCACGCACACUGCCCCUUCCACAGUAACUCCCACUGAUGCAGCCACCACCUUCAGUCACAGAUCAAGCUUUGAGCUGCCCACCGCACCAUCUCCACAGCCUGCGGUCUCCGCCUCACUCAGCUCACAGCCGGUCAACUUCGCCUUGCCCAAAUCCAUUCUGCCUCCUGUCUCUAGCAAAAAGGCCAGACAUCCACAGAGACCGAUUGUCCCGCUGCCAUCUCCUCAGCUCAUACUCACAGGUCCCUCCAGUGCUGUGAUUGUCACUCAGUCCCCUCUCAGCGCUGAUGUUGUCCCCAGCACUGGUAUGGUCAUUGCCCCCUCCAGUAUUCCCUGUGGUUCCGCUGGUUUUCAUAUUCUCCCUCAGACACAGAAGUCGCCACAACUAAUCGUACCCAAAGAGGAAACUGCCACAACUAUAUCCAACAACAAGACAUCCGUACAGUCAGCAAGUACAGCACAUGACGGACGAGUCUCAGGUCAAGGGUCGCCUCUGGGAGCAGAGCAGGUCCCGAGCCCUCAGUCACCCCUCAAACCCUGCGCAGGCAAAAAUGAAGCCAGUCAGAGCCGCAGAGUGAAUCACAUAUCUGCCGAGCAGAAGAGGCGAUUCACCAUAAAUGCCUGCUUCAAGACGUUGUGCAAUCUCGUGCCGACUCUCAGGUCUCAAUCAAACAUCAGUAAUGCUGCGACACUUCAGAAGACAGUUGACUAUAUUAGCAAACUGCAACUAGAGAGACAACAGAUGCAGGAAGAGACCAAGAGACUACGAGAGGAGAUUGAGGAGCUUAAUACAUCUAUAAGCUUGUGUCAGGAACAGCUCCCUGAUACAGGGGUUCCCAUCGCACGCCAUCGCUUUGACCACAUGAAGGAGAAGCUUGACGACUAUGUGAAGAACAGAACUCUUCAGAACUGGAAGUUCUGGAUCUUCAGCGUCAUUAUUCAUCCUCUGUUUGAGUCCUUCAAGGCAACGGUGUCGACCACCAACAGCACAGAGCUGUGUGAAACCACCAUGCAGUGGCUGGAUCGCUACUGCGCCCUGCCAGUCCUCCGGCCUAUGGUACUCCGGACGUUACGACAGCUCUGUACCAGCACCUCUAUCUUGACGGAUCCCUCACUUUUGCCUGAGGAAGCUAAAAAGGCUGCUCUCAACCCAAAAAAACAUUCCUCAGGAUAUUAGUUUCAACACUCUGACAUCUAAUAUGUGACCCUGGAGCACAAAAGCAGUCUUAAGUCGCUGGGGUAUAUUUGUAGCAAUAGCCAAC